GCCAGACAUAAUAAGUACAGAGUUGAUAAAAAUGUCUGUCCAGGACCGUCGCCAGUCAUUAUUUCGUAUACCCCACAAAUAAUAUCGUCAUGUCUGGUCGUGGAAAAGGUGGCAAAGUAAAGGGGAAGAGCAAGACUCGGUCCAGUCGUGCUGGUCUUCAGUUUCCUGUAGGUCGUAUCCAUCGUCUUCUGCGAAAGGGAAAUUAUGCAGAAAGAGUUGGUGCUGGAGCUCCAGUGUAUCUUGCUGCAGUUUUAGAAUAUUUGGCAGCUGAGGUUCUUGAGUUGGCCGGUAAUGCUGCUAGAGAUAACAAGAAGACCAGAAUAAUUCCAAGACAUCUGCAGCUGGCCAUCAGAAACGACGAGGAGUUGAAUAAAUUACUCUCUGGCGUCACAAUUGCACAAGGUGGAGUUCUACCCAAUAUCCAGGCUGUUCUACUUCCCAAAAAAACCGAAAAGAAAGCAUAAUUCCUACUUCCCCUAACGCUUCAAAAAAAAAAAGGCCCUUUUAAGGGCCAGAAAAUGUACGAAGAAGAGAAUGCUUAAUUGCUUAUACUGAAAAUUGCAGCAUACGUUGGUAAAUCUUUUCCAUACAUAUAUUUCAUUCAAAAUUCGCACAAAGAUGUGCUCCCAGGACACAUUCGUAUAUAUUUUCAUGUACAUUAUAAAACAUUAACUCAUGGGACUCGGAAAGAAAGGCUAAUGCUAAACUAUAGGUGAAGGGAGUUUAAGGCGCAUCUGAGAAGUGGCGCCAUCUUGCUGUAUACAUUUGUACUGAAAAGUCGUUCUAUUCUUAACUUUCGUAAGUUAUUACAACGCAUAGUUCGGUGU